AUGAGUCGCCUUGCUCUCCUCUUCGCGUUUUUCCUCGUUAUUUCAAGGUCAACUGCGUGUAAUUGCGCGGAUUGCAGGGACAUUUUCAUCAAUUUCGGCCAAUGCGCGCCGUUUGUUGAGGGACUUACCGAAAAUCCUUCUCCUUUUUGCUGCCAGAAAGUCGCUAUUCUAAACUCAAUCGCCAAGCAAGAGAAGGGUGGGGCCCAAAGGAUAUGUGAAUGCAUCGAGCAAUUCCGCAAGUUCAAUGGCAACCUUAAGUACGACGAGUCUCACAUUGAACAACUCCCGGUCAAGUGCAGGACGAGCUUGAGUUUCCCCAUCUCGGAAAAUAUGAACUGCUCUAAGAUCAAGUGA